CUUUAACUCACAUUGAAACGUGUUGAACUCGCAUCGUUUUCAUACACUCCUCAGAUAUUAAUGUCGGCAGUUUCCAACUCCUUAGAUUCCCUUUUCCAGUUUCCUCUCAUUCCCCCGAUUUUUUCUGCACACCGGCAUCUUUCCGAUCUCUCCGAUCCGGUAGGAGAGAAGAAGAAUGGCUGGUAAAAUAGAUCAUGAUUACGAUUAUUUGUUGAAGAUCGUGUUGAUUGGAGACUCUGGUGUCGGGAAAUCUAAUAUUCUGUCUAGAUUUACAAGGAAUGAGUUUAAUUUGGAGUCUAAAGCUACUAUUGGAGUUGAAUUUGCUACUAGAACUCUUCAGGUUGAGGGAAAAAUGAUAAAGGCUCAAAUUUGGGAUACCGCAGGGCAAGAGAGGUACAGAGCUAUAACGAGUGCCUAUUAUCGAGGCGCGGUUGGAGCCCUGCUUGUAUACGACAUAACCAAAAGACCGUCUUUCGAUAACGUCCAGAGGUGGUUGCGUGAGCUUAGAGCUAAUGCCGACGCCAACAUUGUUGUCCUGAUGGCUGGAAACAAGUCCGAUCUGAACCAUAUGAGAGCCGUGGAUGAGCAAGAUGGUCAAUCAUUAGCCGAGAAAGAAGGGCUUUCGUUUCUUGAAACAUCAGCACUUGACGCACAUAAUGUUGAGAAAGCGUUUCAGACUGUUUUGACGGAGAUUUAUCACAUCAUUAGCAAGAAAGCGUUGGCGGCAAAAGAUGUGGCGGCACCUGGGAAAGGAACCACCAUUAAUGUUGGUGAUUCGUCGGGGAGCACACAGAGUUGCUGUUCAAGUUAAGAGUUGAAAAUUACAUAUGUUUAGGUCCUGUUUGUUUUGGUUAUUUUAUCUUUAUGUUUUUUUUUUUUACUGAAAAACGACUUUGAAGCGUAUAGACAUGUUAUUUAAUCUUGUCAGUUAAACGAUGGAUUUUCACAUAAAAACGAAUAUCAAAAAUCUAUAUAACAUA